UAAUCCGCAAAAAGCUGGUGGAAGUCCGUCUGCCCUCUUUCGUCGCAUUUCUGGGAUUUCCCGCGAAAACUGCCGGUUUUUAACGUCCUCAAAUUACUAUCUUCGUUUCUGCUCUCACUUUAUACAAGAACCAAAAAAAACAACACAGGAAACAAAAAAAAAAAUUAAAAAAUUAAAAACCCCAAAAAAUAAAGAGGCUUUGUCCACUUUUGGCGGGAAUUCACUCUCUCUCGAAGACAUUUUUUCUUUGAAUAACAACCAAUUGUCUGCAGUCGGUGAGGCUGAUGAUGCUUACUUGGCAGCAUUGGCUUUUAAACAACGUGUUUGGAUUGAGCCACGAGUUGGUACAAGAUUUAGCCGAUGUUUUUUUCUUUUAUUUUCAAAUGGGAUUUCUUGGAAUUUUAUAAAUCUGCCAUCUGUGGAUGGGAUAUUUGGGUUUUUCUAAUUUUAUGUAGCUUUUGCUGCGGGGGUUGAAAUGUUAAAUUCAAGAAGUGGGAAGAUUGAGAAACAGAAAGAGUUUGUAGAAAUUGUGAGAUUGUGAGAAGAGAGAGAGAGAGAGAAUCAGAGGCAUAAAAACAUAUAAAGAAAAUGAUACUUGAGGAGGCAUUGAGGGACUUGAUAAAGAAGAAGAAUAAGAAGAAGAAUGUUGUGUUGGUUGGGAUUCCAAUUGAUAGCCAGAGCACAGAGCUUCUCGGAUGGGCUCUCGUUAAAGUCGCCCAGCCCGGAGAUUGCGUGAUUGCAGCUCAUGUCUGUCGAAGUUCUGAUUAUGUCUCGAAAGCCAAGACGAUGUUGGAUGGUUACGUAGAGGCUUAUGAGGGGCUAUGUGACAUGAAAAAGGUGGAGCUCAUCAGUCAGGUCUUGACGGGAAGGUCAAUCCGAAAAGCUCUAGUUAGAGAGGCGAAAAAACAUUCUACCGUGGCCAUAGUUGUAGGCAUAAGCAAUCCAAACACUCUUGGCAGUUGGGAUUCUACGGCGAAAUUCUGCGGUAAGAAAUUGGGACCAACCACUGAUGUUGUGGGCAUCCACAACGGGAAAAUUGUGUUCAGAAGGUGCACCAGCAACCAACUACCAGCUUUGGUAGGUCUCACAGAAGACCCAAGACCAAGUCUUUGCUUUGAGAGUCUCACUCCCAAAGGAUACUCAUCUGAAUUUGGUGACUUUGAGGCGGAUACAGAAACCCCGAAAUCUUCUAAUAUGGCAGAGGGCUCCCUAGAUGGUUCGAAGCACAGUAGUGAAGACACGAUGUAUGAACAAAAGAGAGUGCCUUGGAGAUCAACUUCACUUGGUGCAGCAGAACAUGUGGUUAAGAACCUUGGCUGGCCCCUACUUCGAAGAGCGAGUUCUGCCAAUCCUCAAUUUCCCGCCACCAGGGACAUGUCUGUGGUGCAAUGGGUGAUGAGCUUGCCUGACCGCUCUCCACAGCAGUCUCCUCAGUGUACAACUAUCAAAGAAAAUCCGUUCGAACGAAGUAUAGGUGACAUUAUUGAUGAGAGUAUGGAGGAUGGUUUUUCUGCUUUUGAUGAGCUUCCUGAAAGGUUAAAGCAUCUGCUCCAAACAAAAUCAUCUGGUUGCAGAUGGUUUAGUCAUGAGCUUCUAAAAGCUUCAACUUCUCAAUUUUCUUCAGAAAAUCUUAUCGGGAAAGGAGGAUGCAACCUCGUCUACAAGGGAACUCUUUCAGAUGGGAAGCCAGUGGCAGUGAAGAUUAUGAAAUCAUCCAAAGAAGCAUGGAAGGAUUUCACUGAUGAAGUCGAUAUCAUGUCCUCGCUGAAGCACAAAAACAUUUUACCUCUGCUCGGGUUCUGCAUCAAAGACAACGUUCUAAUCUCUGUGUAUGAUUUCUUACCUAAGGGAAGCUUAGAGGCAAAUUUACAUGGCAAGAACAACUACAAAUCUCUAUUGUCAUGGGAGGUGAGAUUUAAUGUUGCUGUUGGUAUUGCUAAAGCCCUCAGUUAUCUGAACAACGAAUGUCCUCAACCAGUUAUUCAUAGAGAUGUCAAGUCCUCAAACAUUCUUCUCACCAAAGAUUUUGAACCGCAGUUAUCUGAUUUUGGCCUUGCAAUCUGGGGACCAACAGCUACAUCUUUUAAGACCGAAUGUGAUGUGGUGGGAACAUUUGGUUAUCUUGCUCCCGAAUAUUUCAUGUAUGGAAAAAUCAGUGACAAGAUUGAUGUCUAUGCCUUUGGCGUGGUCCUGCUAGAAUUAUUAUCAGGAAGAAAACCAAUUGGCUCCGAGACACCAAAAGAACAAGAAAGCUUGGUCAUGUGGGCAAAGCCGAAAAUAGAGAAAGGUGAUGUAAAAGAAAUACUGGAUCCAAAUUUGGAUGAAGUUGAUGAGGUUCAGGUGCUGAGAAUGGUUCAUGCAGCAAAACUUUGCAUCACACGCUCAGCCCGCCUUCGUCCUAAGAUGACUGAGAUACUGAAGCUUCUGAAAGGGGAUUCAGAUGUCGAAAAUCAACCAAACUCUCAAUCUUUUGACAUAGAGGAAUCAGAAAACUGGGAUGAUAAUGACGAUGAAGUUUAUCCAAAUUCGAGCGCAGAGUUGCAUUUGGGUCUUGCGCUGCUCGAUGUGGAUGAUGAUACAACAACAACAUCGUCAAGUAGCGUGGAGCGGAGCAACAGCCUUUCAUGGGAAGAAUAUUUGAAAGGGAGAUGGAGCAGAUCAUCAAGCUUUGAUUAGCUUCUUUUUCUACUCCCCUGUUUUGUAAGUUUUCAGCAUACUUGUGCAGCAAGGAAAUUAGCAUCUGUACAGUUUAGGGAAACCAAAAAAAAAGGCGUGCACCCAAUGGUUGGGGUGGAUUGUAGAUAAACAUGUAUAAAUAAAUCGUAGAAGUGAUCGUGUGAAAGGAUCAACAUCUGUAGCAUGUUUCAUUAGCUUGUCAGAAACUCAGUUUUUCCAGCAUAAUCACAGAAUGAGAGAUUGAGAUUUUGUAGAUUUUGGAAUAAUAAAAUUUGUUGCUCAUGUAGCAGGCAGCCUAUGGGGCUCA